CCGCCAUCAUGGCGCUGUGCGACCCCCCCGGUGCUGCCAGCCCCCCCCGGCCGCCGCUCAGUGCCCAGGAGCUGUCCCAGGAGGUGAAGGCGUUCCUGAGCGGGCUGGACCCCGUGCAGGGCACGCCGCUGUCGCCCCCGGCCCACGCCCGCUGCGCCCUGCGCCUGCUGCGCUGCCUGCCCCCCGCCCGCCACGCCGCCCUGCAGCACCUGCGCGGCCUCUUCGACGAGCAGGUGUGCCAGCACCUGCUGCAGCGCGAGAGCCCCGCCCCCGGGCCCGCCCCCAAGGCCACGCCCGGCGCCGAGGUGCUGCAGGAGGCGCGCCGGGCCCUGGCCGAGCUGGUGGCCGCCAACCCGCGGGCGUGGGCGCCCGGCGUGGCCGCGUGGGCCAGCGAGCUGAUGGGGCAGCUGAGCAGCAAGUACGCCAACCGGCCCGGCGUGCCGCCCGCCGCCAGCCUCAACGAGCUGCUGCAGCUGUGGAUGGCGUGCCCGGCCACGCGGGCGCUGCUGGACAUCUACAGCCAGUGCCUGGCCGCCAUGGUGGGCAGCUGCCCCGACGCGUGCGUGGACGCGCUGCUGGACACGUCGGUGCAGCACUCGCCGCACUUCGACUGGGUGGUGGCGCACGUGGGCUCCUCCUUCCCCGGCACCAUCAUCAGCCGCGUGCUGUCUUGCGGCCUCAAGGAUUUCUGCGCGCACGGCGGCGCCGAGGCCGCGGGCACGGCGGGCGACAAGCGCGUGCCCAAGAUCGCCUCGGUGGUGGGCAUCCUGGGCCACCUGGCCUCGCGACACGCCGGCAGCAUCAAGCAGGAGCUGCUGCGGAUGUUCCACGAGAGCCUGGGCUCGCCCCGCGAGCACCACAAGGCCACGGUGCCCUUCCUGCUGCAGCUGGCGCUCAUGUCGCCGGCGCUGCUGGCCGCCGUGUCCCCCGAGCUGGUGGACUCCCUCAAGCCGCCGGUGCUCAACCAGCUGCACCAGCACUUCUCCUCGGUGCCCCGGGACGAGCUGGAGGGCGUGGUGGGCGUGGUGGUGCACCUGCUGUGCCACACCUCGGCGGGGGCGCUGCGCACGCUGCGCUUCCUGCUGGCCACGGCCGCGCCCGCCUCGGUGAUCACGGCGCCGGGCCCGGCGCUGCACGAGGGCGUGCGCGAGGCCUGCGAGCGCCUGCUGCAGCUGCUGCUGCUGCACCUGCAGAAGCUGGUGCACUCACGCAGCUCGGCCAGCCUGGCCGAGUGCCCGGCGCGCCCGGUGCCCUUCCUGGAGGCGCUGCGGCCGCACGUACGGGAGCUGUGCCAGGACACGCUGCGGCUGGAGCGGCGCCGCUGCCUGUGGCAGCACCAGCUGCUGGCGCUGCUGGCCGUGCACUCGGCCCCGCACGGUGCCGCCGAGGCGCUGUUUUACCUGCUGGCGCUGGCACGCACGCCCGAGGAGCUGGCGCUGGCGCCGCAGCUGCACGCGGGGCUGCGCGCCGUGCUGCCCGACCCGCUGCCCGCCGCCGUGGCCGCGGCCGUGGCGCAGAUCCACGCCGGCCGCCUGCCCGAGCCGCAGCUGGCGCAGCUCCUGCGCAACCUCUCGCUGCUGCUGCAGCCGCGCGGCGACGACGGCGAGCCCGGGGACGCGGCGCUGGGCGCGGCGCUGGCGCGGCACCUGCCGGACCUGGCGCAGCUGCUGCUGCACCCGCGCGCCGAGGUGGCGGAGGCGGCGUGCCGGCUGCUGGCGGCGUGCCCGCUGCCCCGGGCGCUGCCCCCCGCGCACCUGCUGCCCGCCGUGCGCGCCGCCGUGCGCGGCUUCUUCGCGGGGCUGCGCCGGGGCGACGCCGCCGCGCUGGCGCCCGGGGUGCGGCUGCUGGCGCGGCUCAGCGCCGUCAGCCCCGCGGCCGCCAAGGCCGUGCUGGCGCAGCUGGUGGAGGGCGCGCUGGGCGGGCACAACGCCGAGCUGUUCGGGGGCAGCGCGGACCCGCCGGGCCCCGAGGCCGCCCCGGCGCCGCCGCCGGUGUCGCUGCUGGACACCAACCAGCGCUUCACCGCCGGCCUCACCACGGCGGGCGGCGUCUGGUCCGUGUUCCACGCCGGCGUCAUCGGCCGCGGGCUCAAACCGCACGCCGGGCUGGGCCGGCGCAGCCCCGAGGAGCUGAACCGCAACACGCAGACCUUCCUGAGCCUCCUGCUGCGCUGCUGCCGCGGCUCCGGCCCCGCCGAGGCCGCCAAGGCGGUGGCGGCGGCGCUGGUGGAGGCCGUGUGCCCCGAGGCCGCGGGCGCCGAGCUGGCCUGGCCGCCCGAGGAGCUGGCCCGGGCCACGGUGGAGCGGGACCUGCGCAUCCUGCGGCGCUUCCGGCAGCACCCGCUGCUGUUCCCGCUGCUGCGGCUCGUGGCCGGCGGGCACCCCGCGCUGUGCUACUGCUCCGUGCUGCUCCGCGGGCUCCUGGCCGGGCUGGUGGCGCACUGGGACGCCUGCAGGGACCCCAGCACGGGCGCCUCGCCCUGGCACCUGCGCGCGUCCUGCGCCCUCGUGGCGCUGCUGGCCGAGGGCUCCCUGCUGCCGCCCGUGCUGGGCAACAUGCACGAGCUGUUCCCCGAGCUGGCGCCCUUCGAGGUGCACCUGCUGCUGCUCAGCGUGUGGGGCUACCUCCGCGAGAACAGCCCCCUGCCCCAGAAAUUCACCUUCCAACCCGAGCUGGGCGUGUUCCGCAGGGACUUCGGCAGGGACGGCGACCUCAGCAAACACCUGGCGGUGCUGCACGCCGUGCUGCACAGGAACAUCCACCGCCUGGGGCUGCUGGCCGCAAGGUUCUACCCCUGAGGGGGAA